AUGGGCCUCACUCAAGACCAGAUCAACAUCGUCAAGUCCACUGCGCCUGUCCUCAAGGUGCACGGCGAGACCAUCACCACCCUCUUCUACAAGGACAUGAUCGACACCAACCCCAACCUCAAGAACGUCUUCAGCUUGCGCAACCAGGCCAACGGCGAGCAGCCCCGCGCCCUCGCCAACUCCGUCCUUGCCUACGCCACCUACAUUGACGAUCUCCCCAAGCUCAAGGGCGCCAUCGAGCGCAUCGCACACAAGCAUGCCUCGCUUUACAUCCGCCCCGAGCAUUACGACAUUGUCGGCCACCACCUCAUGAAGGCCAUCGGCGAGGUCUUGGGCGAUGCCCUCACCCCCGAGAUCGCCGAGGCCUGGACCGCCGCCUACGCCCAGCUCGCCGAUGUCUUCAUCAACCGCGAGAAGGAGAUGUACACCGAGGCCGGGACCUGGACCAACUGGCGCAAGUUCAAGAUCAUCCGCCGCAUCGACGAGUCCGACGCCGUCACCAGCUUCUACCUCGCCCCCUCCGACGGCAAGCUGCCGCUGCCCGACUACCUCCCUGGACAGUACAUCUCCGUCCAGGUCCCCGUGCCCGAGCUCGGCGGCAUCACCCAGCCGAGACAGUACAGCUUGAGCGAGGCCCACAACGCCGGCGAGUACUACCGCAUCAGCGUCAAGCGCGAGACGACCGUCCUCGACGCAAAGGCCGAAGAUGUCGGCAGCGGCCUCGUGACCGGCCUGAUCUCCAACAAGCUGCACAACGAGUACCACGUCGGCGACGAGGUCGAGGUGUCGCACCCGCAGGGCGAGUUCUUCCUCGACGUCAAGCAGGCCGAGAAGGCCGACGUCCCGCUGGUGCUGCUGUCCGCCGGCGUCGGCGCGACGCCGUUGAUGGCCAUCCUCCAGACGGUGCUGAGCCCCGAGAGCAAGACCCCCAACAGACCCGUCAAGUGGGUGCACGCGGCGCGCAACAGCUCCAACCUCGUCUUUGCAAAGGAAGUCCGGGACCUGACCCGCAAGAGGGAUAACGUCAGCGCUCACAUCUUCUUGAAGGAGGUCAAGGAGGGCGACCAGAAGGGACAGGAGUACGACUUUGGAGAGCAGCUUGAUCUCAAGAAGCUGCCUGCCGAGGACCUUGGUCUCGGCGACAAGCGCACCGAGUACUUUAUCUGCGGACCUCGGGAUUGGAUGCUCAAGGUGAGACUCGUGCUCGAAGGCCUCGGCGUCGAGAGGGAGAGAGUCAAGCUGGAGCUUUUUGCGACUGGUGACGUCGAGCAGUAA